AUGACUGAUAGUACAUAUCUAUGUAUAUCAAAUAAAUCUAUGGAUAUAACCGAUUUUUAUACGGUGGAAACUCCACCAUCGUCAUCAACAAGCAAAGAUUCAACGGAUGAAUCGUUAUCAUCGUUUCAAACAAAAACUAAAUUAAAAUUAUCAAGAACAAAUGUCAGACAAACAUCUAAUCACCCUAGUAUUUGUUCCACAUUAAAUUCAAAUUUAAUAUCAAAUUCAAUACCAAUUAAAGAUGAUGAGUUUGAUUUUUCAUCAUACGAUGAUAAUCACACACCGUUACGGCGUAGUUUGGGUAAUACAAAAUUAAAAACACGUCAAGAUGUUCGACGCUUUCGUAAAUUUUUAAAACGUCAUUAUGAUUUAACAUCAAUGGCACUUGUUGAUAUUGAUCCUGAUACAAUGCGUAAUUAUUUAAUUGAUUAUUUAACAUCAAUUCGAACACGUAAAGGUUUAAAAUAUGAUCCUGAAACUUUACGUUCGUAUUAUUUAAGUAUCCAAAGAUUUCUUAAAGACUCAAAUUAUCCAUAUUGUUUACGUAAUUCACCUCAAUUCUCUCAAUGUAGAGAUUUAAUUAUACAAAUGAGAAAAGAAAAGAAUCAAAUAAAAGUACAUGAUUUACCAUUAUCAGAAACAACUGAAAUAAAAAAUAAACGAAUAACAAUGAAAAAAAAUUCGACGCUACAACAAAAAUACCAAGCACCAAUGAAUCAUAAUUUAGAUACACAACAAAUUCAACUUGAUGAUCAAUCAAAUUCUUCAAAAACUAUUACUCCAAUUAUAUUACAUAAUUGUGUCGCAUCAACAAAAGAUCUUCUUCCAUCAUCAUCAUUACCACCACGUAAACGGCAACAAAUGAAAUAUUUUCUUGAAUUUGGUUCACCACAUGACUUCAUUCUUCUACCAGAAAAAUCAUCGUCCUCAAUUCAAACACCACCAUUUACGCUAUCAUCAGAUGCAUAUUUACUUCUUGUUAAAUUUACUCAUUUAUCCUCACCAAUGAUGUUUCUUUCAUCAUUAAAUUCUUCUCCUGAUCAUCGAUGUACUCAUCAUCUUGAACGAUUACUUGAUGAAUCACCAACAUGUGGACAUGUUCAACGUUUAAUGUUAACAACAUUAUGUCAUGAGUGGACAGGUGAUAUUCGCCUUAUUCAUGCUAAUCUUCGACCAGAACUUCAUUCAUUUUUACCUCAUAUAUUGGUUCUGAAUAUUCUUUCAUCGAAAUAUUCUUAUUAG